CAAACGCACCCUUAAUAAGCUCGGCUGUGGCUUCCUUCUUCGAUCCUUUUACUCCAUGGUUGAAAGAGCGGCACCUGAGAAUCAAAAGAAUAUCGCGCUUUAAGCUAAUUAAGGGCAUGGAGACUCCGGAGCUUCCAGAGAUUUGGAGAAGAGAGCUCGGUCUCUUGCAGCCACGAUCCUUUGCUUACCGGGUCGGUGGUUCCAAGGCAGUUGUAAAGCGCUUAGAUCUUUAUGGGAAGUUGCAUGGUCAUAAGGGGUGCGUCAACACUGUGCAUUUUAGCCCUAGCGGAGAUAUUGUCGUGUCUGGUUCAGAUGACAAAGACAUCUGCUUUUGGAAUUGGUCAACCAAAAGAAAAAUUCUUACAUAUGAUUCAGGCCACAACGAAAAUGUAUUCCAGGCUCAAGUCAUGCCAUAUACUGAUGAUAGGAUUGUAGUGACCUCUGCCGCUGAUGGUCAGGUAAGACUUGGUGAAGUUAUGGAGGAUGAUCAAGUAAGCACUAGACGGGUCGGGACGCAUCAAGGCCGAGUUCACAAACUGGCCAUAGAGCCUGGAAGCCCACACAUCUUUUACAGCUGCGGCGAGGACGGCCUUGUUCAGCAGUUUGACCUGAGAAACCAAACCCCAAUCAAACUUCUAACAUGUUCAUCAUUCUCAGCAAACAAAAACUCCUUAGGAUUGAAUUCCAUCUCAAUAGAUCCAAGAAAUCCUAAUUAUUUUUCCACAGGAGGUCUUGAUGCUUAUGCCCGAGUCUACGACAUCAGGAAUUAUCCUUGGGAUGUGUCAAAGGGCUUAGACCAACCCGUUAACACCUUCUGCCCGCGCCAUCUCAUUAGCUCAACCAAUGUUCAUAUUACAGGGCUGGCUUACUCUAACAAGAGUGAGUUGCUUGUUUCCUACAGUGAUGAGCUCAUCUACUUGUUUCAGAAAGAGAUGGGCAUUGGCACACAGCCUAAUACUAUCCAAGCUGAGGCAUUGCAGAACCUUGAUCAACCACAGGUGUAUAUAGGCCAUAGAAAUUCACAUACGGUGAAAGGAGUCAGCUUCUUCGGACCAUGCGAUGAGUACGUCACGAGCGGUUCGGACUGCGGCCAUGUUUAUAUCUGGAAUAAAAAGAGCGGCAAACUGGUUCGAAUGAUGGUCGGAGACAAGCAGAUUGUAAACUCUGUGGAGCCUCAUCCUUUCUUCCCUUUGCUUGCUACCAGUGGGUUUGAUAAAAACGUUAAGCUCUGGACACCAAUGUCCAGAAGCACAGCUCCACUUCCUAAAAAUGCAGAAGAGAUAAUGGCAGCUAACAAAAGAAGAAGAGAAGUUCGAUCUGGCAUAACACUAUCUCCUGAUGUUAUAAUGCAUGUAUUGAUGCUCCAGAGGAGGCAAGCCUUAAUUUAUCAUGAGGCUACUCCCACAGAAGCUGAUUCAGAUAGUGAUUCAACCCCUGAAGAUGGCUCACCUGCAGAUCCCACAGAAUGCAAUAUUAGCUGAGGAACACAGAAACUUAACAGAAAUAAAAUAAAGGUCUGGGAGCUGAAGCGGUAUGCAACUAAAUUUGAGUACCACCUGCCUUAAGGAGACACUGCACCAACAGGGGAUUCGAACCCGGGACCUAAGGGUGCUUGCGAUCUUCAAAGAGGUUGCUCUACCAACAGGCCACAGAAGGUGCACAUUUAUAAAUAUUUCAAAGCUUUUGAUUGAGCACGACUUAUUUUGAUAGUUGCUGAAGUUAUAUAAGCUUUGCCCGAUAUUCAUGGAGAUUAUCUGUGUCAGUGCAUCUAAAACAUUGAAAAUGUCUACGAAGGGUUAUCCGAUGGAGAUGGCGCGCACUAAAUGUGAUGACACAAACAUCAAGUCCAAGAUUCUUCGAUCGACACGUCGAGCGGACCCAAUUGACACAAAUUUGUGAAUUGAUCUAUGUCGAAACGACGAUAGUACUUGGCAAGUCCUAACUCCUAUAAGCUCAUAGUCACUGUUGUCAACUCUCGUACUACGUGUAGAAUUCGCAUGCAUGUGAAUUUCAUGUACAACAAUGUUGUACACCGUUGUAUAACUUGUGUACAAUGUAUCCGUUCAUAAAAUUCUAGCCAAAAUCCAAAAAGGCUGCAAUCCAAACCCGCCAAACCAACACCACGACUUACCCGAACCUCCAUUUCCCUUUAUACCAAAAAAAGAAAAAGAAAAACACAUACAUGGCAUCCGGAUUAGACACGGAUGGUGUUAUUGGAGGUGUUAUUAGUAGUAUUGUGGUAUUAUUUUGAUAAAAUAAUACUACAAUACUACCAAUUACACCUAAAUACUAUGAUUUGCACAUGAAACUGUAUCAGGACUUAGACAUGGUGGGAAUGCCCUUAUUUAUGUCAUGGCCCUCUAGGUGGGCAUGAGUUAGAACACGGUCGAAAUUUUGAUUGAAAUUUGGACUUAAAACUAAGAAAAAGA